AUGCCUCCGUCGGGAACUGGAAGCAGCUCGUCGCUUGAAGCACCUCUCGUUGACGCCUCAAAUGAUGCCGACGAUGCUCCGCUGGAACUAGCCUUGCAAAAACUCGAAUCGUUCCUCGGAGUUUUCGGUUUCUGUCAGUACUCUCCUCUUAGCACCGCCGUCUCGUGGAUCGUCUUCUUUGUUGUGGGUGUGGUGGCACCGGUGCUCUUGAUCGUCUACUCCUUCUGCACCGACUGCUACAAGUACCAAAUCAGGAGGAAGCUUCUAUUCGUUGAUCAUUACGAUGGAUACGCUGUUCUGUAUCGGCAACUCUACAUCCAGAAGAUCUACGGCUUUUUCCGAGGGAUUGCUUUGUGGUUAUCGGUGUGUUUUUUACUGAAGACUGCUCGUGAGAUCACUUGCGUUGUUUAUCUGCAUCAUGGUUCAUGGUGGCUAUCUGUUGCGUAUCUGUUAGUCUCCCUAGUAACUUGGUCAUACUCCGCCGUAGUCUUCUUAUCAGGCACCGCUUUGUUCAAUUUGGUUGGCAAUUUACAAGUGAUACGAAUUGAAAACUACAGCAACAUUCUAGAACGAGAUUUGGAUGUUUCUGUUUAUAUUGAAGAGCAUAUGCGUCUCCUCCAUUAUCUAUCCAAAAUUAGCCACAGGUUUCGAGCGUUUCUUCUUCUCGAGUUCUUGGUUGUUACAGGAAGUCAAAUCUCAGCUCUCUUACAGACAACUGAAAACCAAGGAAUCAUAAACUUCAUAAACACAGGCGACUUUGCUGUAUUAUCGAUUCUUCAGCUUGUAGGAAUCGUUCUUUGUUUAUCUGCAGCUGCAAAAAUUUCUCACAGAGCUCAAGCACUUGGAUCUGUUGCUUGUAAAUGGCAUGCACUAGUGACAUGCGACUCAAAUGAUUCUUCUCAAUCUGAAAUAUUAAUCGACAACAACUUGGAGGCUAAUCGUAGUUCACAGAAUGAGCUGGAAUCAGGGGAUUUUGUGCCAUUUUCUGUUCAUAACAAGUUCGCUUCUUCUACUUCAUCAUAUCAGAAAAGACAAUCAUUUGUGGCGUAUGUACAAUCAAACAUGGGUGGAUUUACUGUUUUUGGAUGGAUCAUUGAUCGAAUGCUGAUUAACACCAUCUUCUUCAUUGAGCUAUCGUUGAUCUUCUUUGUGCUUGGUAAGACCAUUACUAUCACACUCAGGUAGACAUGAUCUAAUUCGACUCCUCUUCAUACAUCUUCGCUCUCUAACAUGGUAUGAGCAAAGCAACAACUAACAAUGGAGCAGACUUAUUUUUGUUGGUGUGCUACUUGAUAGGGAUUAUAUGUAAUCAUAUAAACUGAAAAUAGAUUUUAGGUUACAAGGUUAUAUCUAGUAAAAGCAAGGUUGUACCAUGGAUAAUGGGCAUAAUUUGUGUUGUAAUUGCUAAUAUUAUAUUAGGACCCUAAUUAUUCUUAUUAUUAUAUGGGUAGUUAUGAUUAGAUAUUGUUUUUGAGAAAUUAAAUAUCCC